AUGCGUCCGGAUAAAAGUACUACCCCUGGUGAGACAUCGGAUGCAAACAAUUCAAUAGAAGAGGAAUGCUACGGUGGAAAUUCGCCGGAGCCGCAGAAAAACGCUUCAACGCUUGAGGCAAUCGCCUGCGAUGCGGGUUCAAUUGGAAAUGCCAGUACCACAUUGGAAAAUGCCCCGCUGCGUUGUCUUUCUCCUCUUGAUGGCACAUUUAGCUUUUCCAUAACCAUAAAAGACGGCAAAUGCAGUAUGUUGGGGGAAUUUAAGAAGACAUCCCCAACGGAUGAGGCAAGUACAGCAGAGCGUGCAGUUUCUAGCACCAGUGUUGGAGGUGCAGGCGAAAGUAUUGGCGGCAUGAGCAACUUGAUUUAUAAGGCUGAGGAGCUACCUUUGAAACCAUCAACCGUCACUCUUGAGUGGAUUUUCGACAAUAUCAAUUUAAUGAUGGGGCCGAUCAAAUUGACAAAACCUAGUAGUGAGGCAAAUGCUAUAGUUUUUGACGGUCCAAGCACUAGUACUGGACUUCGAGACUCAGCUGGAAUCAUGGAACCGCCAUUUGAUGCCUCAAUUAAAAAAGCGAACGAAGAAGUUGAAAUCAAACCUCCAUCACCUUGUAUGUUGAAUGCUCUGGUCUCAAACUUGUACAGGAACUUGCAGAAUCGCGUACCAGGAGCUAUGUGGUUUAAAUGUCAGCAGGAUCCGAACUUUUGCGAGCGCAACCAUCUAAACAGUGAGAUGCCAAAACUUCCAUCUGCCAUAUUGCAGCAUGCUCUGGAAAUUCAGUUGGAGGGACAGCAAUACGAAACGUAUUUAGCUAUGGUGGAGAUGUUUAUUAUGCACAAUAAUUUUCCUCAUGUAGAGGUCUUCGAUGCAAUGGUUCAGCUAACGAUGGUACUCAUUGCAAAGGAUCUAGACCCGGAUGAGGUGCAAAGUAUAUACCAUAAUCGUACCAAUGUUUUCUAUUUGCUGCUGAAUAAUUUCCCCCCUUGCUGGACAGCACUAAGGUCGCAUUAUCUCUCCUUCCUGGGGAUUGAGCCUUCUAACCCGAAAUUGGAGUUAUUCUUGAGUCUCCUGGAGAUGGCAAUGGACAACUGUACGGAUGAAGAAUUGACUCAACUUACAGUACCAUAUGAAAAAUAUGAGUUUAAUUUCUCGGACGAUGAUGAUCUUCACGUGUCAAAGGAUGACCUUUUGAGUCGUCAUGUCAACGAUUUCACGUGGUCCAACGAACUAAGUCUUAAAGAUUUUGGAAUCAUGUCCCCUUCGGUGCAACUGGCGCGCAUUUUUGAUAUACUCGAUAUUAUAUAUGCGGUGCUUGAGCGAAACUUCCUAAUGUGGCUGGAGCACCAUAAGAAGUCAUUGCAGGUGGGAGCGGACAUCUUUAAAAAGGAUACAUCACCAUUCGCGGUACUUGUGUUUGGUCUGACACCUGUGAAGCGUUUGACGAAGGUUGUCCGCAAGCUAAUGAUGUUGUACAGCCGAGCAGUGAACAGAUCUCUACACGAGUCGCGUUUAGCUAUUCUCCAGAGCUUUAUCUCCCUACUAAUGGAAUUGAGUAACACGGCCGAAUUGGAAUACGUAAGCAUUGGCGUUCGUUAUCCCUGCCUGGGCCCUCGAACCCGCCAGCUUAUUGCCAAGUUCUUUUACAUAUUUUGCAAUGAAAAUACUACAAAAAUGAGCACCUUUAAGAAGACCAUUCCUCAGCUGGGACAGCCAUACUUGCGAUAUGAGUUUGCUGAUCAUUUUCUGAGGCUCUUUUAUUUUCCCGACAGCAUGACAUUCUGUCCGGAGAAAAUAUGCAAUGAGUUCAGGUUAAAGAUGUGGAAGAAUUACAUGCCACGCAGCGAAGUCGGUGAGAAGAGCGAGACUCUCCUGGCACGGGAAGACUACAUGCAGAUAAUGCUCAAUGCGCUUCGCGAUUAUUGCAAAUGGAUGAAUCUAGAAGGGUUUUGGGAAAAUCUCAAACAUAACCAGGAAGUGGAAGUCAAAAGUGGAAGUCUGCCAGCACAGCUAGAAGGGAAUUAUAUACCAGUUGAUGUUCGCGAGAUGAUUAAGAACUAUGUUACCGCAAUGCGUCAUAUGCGCAAUUUGCGGGUACUGGUUGUUGAAACAAAGACUUUAGCAGAUAAUGUAGAUGUGAGGGAUUGGAUCACAUAUUUGAAAUUUCUGGAUUAG